CAUGAAGAAUCCUUUUCAGAAUUAAACGAGAAUCCUGAAAUUGUGGAUGAUGAAAUUAUUGAAGAAGAGUGUGCCGUUAAAUCUCUUAAAGAUGCUGUAGAGACGCAUAAAAAUAAGGAACAU